GCGUUAUUAUCACUAUCCUUGUUAUUUUAAAUACACUUACAAAAAAAAGGCAUAACUUUCUCAUGUUGAUCUGAAAACCAACGACGAUCGAGGAAUAUGAACAGGAAAACCAGGCGCUGGAUAUUCCACAUCUUUAUGAGCCUAGGGAUUGUCUAUAUCAAAAUAGGGGGUCUUUCUUCAGUCGUGGCUUUGGGAGCCAGUAUCAUCUGUAACAAAAUCCCGGGACUGGCUCCAAGGCAGAGAGCUAUCUGUCAGAGCAGACCCGAUGCCAUCAUCGUGAUCGGGGAAGGCUCCCAAAUGGGAAUCAACGAGUGUCAAUUCCAGUUUCGCAAUGGCCGGUGGAACUGCUCCGCCUUGGGAGAGAGGACCGUCUUUGGAAAAGAGCUGAAAGUGGGUAGUAGAGAAGCAGCGUUCACCUAUGCCAUCAUUGCUGCUGGAGUAGCCCAUGCCAUCACUGCUGCCUGCACCCAGGGGAACCUGAGCAAUUGUGGUUGUGACAAGGAAAAGCAAGGACAGUACCACAAAGACGAAGGAUGGAAAUGGGGAGGAUGCUCUGCAGACAUCCGAUAUGGAAUAGGAUUCUCCAAAGUGUUUGUGGAUGCAAGGGAGAUUAAGCAAAAUGCAAGGACUCUCAUGAAUUUGCACAACAAUGAAGCUGGGCGUAAGAUCCUUGAAGAUAACAUGAAGUUGGAGUGCAAGUGCCAUGGAGUGUCAGGAUCAUGCACUACUAAAACAUGCUGGACAACUCUUCCUAAAUUCAGGGAGCUGGGCUAUAUCCUUAAGGAGAAAUACAACGAAGCUGUUCAGGUUGAACCCGUGCGGGCAAGUCGUAAUAAGCGUCCCACUUUUCUGAAGAUAAAGAAACCACUCUCCUAUCGUAAACCGAUGGAUACAGACUUAGUCUACAUAGAGAAAUCACCCAACUACUGUGAAGAGGAUCCUGUGACUGGCAGUGUGGGUACACAGGGCAGAAUGUGCAACAAAACAGCCCAGCAAACCAAUGGCUGUGACCUGAUGUGUUGUGGACGAGGUUAUAAUACGCAUCAAUAUUCCAGAGUCUGGCAGUGCAACUGCAAAUUUCACUGGUGCUGUUACGUCAAAUGUAACACAUGCAGUGAACGAACAGAAGUCUACACCUGUAAAUGAAAGCGUGGCUUUGGCAGGGGAACCUAAAGCCUUGGAGUACACACCUUUUUUUUUGCACAUAAGCUCAGUGUAUCUAAAUAAUACUGUAGCAAAGGCCCAAAUGAUUUCCAAAAGAAAAUCCAGUAAAAUAAUCCCAUUUCCUCUCCUCCCUUUUAACAGUGUUUAUGUGGAUAUUGGUCAAAGACUUUUGGGAACAGCCCAAACACUAUGCCCAGAUCUUUAAAAGGAAUCCAGAAACAAACUAUUUGCUUAAUGCAAAACUUUAGCUAAUGCAAACUAUACAAAAAUGAAAUACAUUGGAGAAAUACUCAAUCUGGGCCAUCCAAACAUUACGGACUGCCUUAAAAUUGUGGGAAAAAUUGAAUUUCCUUGGAGGCGGCAUUCACGACGCCAGAUGAAAAUGAACAGAAGACCAUGCAACGUGCCUAAAGUGUGAUCUGAGAAAAAAGUCAUAUUUUAAGAGGGGCUUUGUCCACAAUCGGGGGACAAUGCACCUGUGUGAAUUUCCAUUGAAAGAGUGUGAAUUAUGCAGUUGUAGGGAUUUCUAUAUUUGUGAAAAAAACUUUCGUUGGUUGUUCCUUGUUGGUUGUUCCUUGUAUUCCCAUUCUUCAGCCUGUGCUAAUGCAAGUAGACCAAUGGGUGCUUCCCAUAUAAACACUGGUUUAGCUGCUUUUCUGCUCUGCUGCUGAUUUUAGCACAGCGUGUUGGGAAAUCUCAGCAUAAUAAUUAUAGCAAUAUUUAAUCACUUUUGAGAUAAAACUAAUAUUAAUUUAUUUAAUUAAAAACUCUCUACCACCAUUUUUUUUGGAAGCAUUCUGCAAUUAAAGUAGAUAGCCUGCUUUUUUGUGGAAUCAUUUUUGUAGAUUCAGUAGAGGGGAAACCCCUUGAGGUGUAUAUAUUAUUGUUUACUUAGGUAUUUCUACUAGUUGCAAAUGCAGGAUAGUUUCUGCAGGUAUUAAGUACAAAAGCAGGCAUCUUUUAUAAUUUUGGGCUGUAUGCUGCUAGUUGUCUGGAAUCUCAAAUUGCUAUUCAUUCCUCUAGAUAUCACAGUACAGAAUUUUUCCAAUUUUUUUUUAAAAGGAUCAUUUCAAAAAUCCAGUUGAAAAUAACACAUGACCUAAUGCAAAACGCCAGACAAGUUUCCACCUUUGGAAAAUGAACCAUGGGAUAAAAGAAUAUAUUUUGUAAGAGACUAUUUUUAUAUGAAUAUUUUAUUUAUACUAUAUCUGCUUGUAAAAUUCUGUAACCUGUAAUUUUUCUCAAAACAGGCACACCAUUUGUAAUUCAUGGGCUAUUUAACAAUUAAGGCCAGUUACUUCGUUGACAUAAAAAGUAACAAGCUGGUGUAUAUACAAACUACAAAAUGAAUUUUCUCUCCGGAUGUAUGUACAGAGUGGCUGUAGCUCCUGUAGUUCAAUUUGCAGAAUAUGCAGAACAAGAACAGAGUAUGUAGCAUCAGUUUUGUUACAAGGCUUGAAUUGAGGGUUGGAAUUAACUGGAUGCUCCUUUAUCCCAUUCAAAAAGAGAGAGAGAGAGAAAAAUCUGAAUUAGCUUCCCAGAUGCGUCAGUCAUUAAACUGUGGCAUUAUGACUAGCAAA